CACACACAGAGUUGAUGAUGAGGUCGUUACUGGUGCUGGUGUACAUCUCUCUACUUACUCGAAUUGACAGGUUGGCGGCUGAGGCUGGCCAUGGUUUCGGUUCUCUGCCGGGAUCUCCUCACAACAUCAGCAGGGAUGACAGGGGCCUGCUGAAGGCACUCCUCUUUGCCACCUACUCCUUCAACAACCAGUCCAACGAUGCCUUCCUCUUUAGAGUCUGCGCCAUUGAAAAGGCCCAGAGACAGAUCAUUAAGGGGAUCCGAUACAUCAUGGAGGUGCAGAUCUCCAGAACCAUCUGUCGCAAACCAGAUGCCAGAAAGCUGAAGGAGUGUGACUUUCAGCCAGAGGGACAGCUCCACCAGACAUUCAGCUGUCACUUUGAGGUGUGGGACGUCCUGUGGCUUCAUGUGAUGGAAACGACGUUCUUCUGUCUUCCGUCAACAGAGAAGAGCUCAGUUCCUCUUCCCGGCUUCAGAUCAGCAGAUAAUCCAAAUAACAGCUGAUCACAUGUUGACCCGCAAACCUUGCCUGUUGGAGGAAGACAGAAGAAAGAAGGAGCGACCAACAACAGGCUCAUUCCACAGCCUCGGGGUGGCCAGACCUGUUACGUCAAAUAACGUGAAGAAAACAGAAUAAAGAUAAUUUCUU